AUGACCAUAAAUGUAAAAAUUCUCAAUAAAAUACUGGCACAUCAAAUACAAGAACACCGGCCGUACGCGGCUGGUGCUGCAAGUGUGCCCGGCCGCCCGGUCGUCAUGGAGGAGGUGGCCGAGGAGCUGGACGAUGAGGAGCAGCUGCUGCGAAGGCAUCGCAAGGAGAAGAAGGAGCUGCAAGCCAAGAUUCAGGGAAUGAAGAACGCUGUUCCCAAAAACGACAAAAAGAGGCGCAAGCAGCUCGUUGAAGAUGUAGCUAAGUUGGAGAGAGAAAUGGAGCAGAGACACAGGGAAGAGCUUGAGCAGUUGAAACUGGCUUUGGCGGAGAGUAAGAUAGAUUCUGUCGCUGUUAACACUUCAGACUUGGUACUUGAGAACCAGCCACCUCGGAUUUCAAAAGCACAAAAGAGACGGGAAAAAAAGGCUGCACUGGAAAAGGAGCGGGAAGAAAGGAUAGCUGAGGCUGAAAUUGAGAACCUAGCUGGAGCAAGGCACAUAGAGAGCGAAAAACUCGCUCAGAUACUGGCUGCCAGAGAACUGGAAAUCAAGCAUAUUCCAUCUGACGGCCAUUGCAUGUACGGAGCGCUGGAGGAUCAACUGAGAGAGCAGGACUGUGCCCUGACUGUGGCUGCCCUCCGGAAGCGCACUGCCGAGUACAUGCAGAGCCAUUCAGAAGACUUCCUGUCCUUUUUAACAAACCCCAGUACCGGGGGCGUGUACACUCCAGAGGAGUUCGGAAAGUACUGUGAUGACAUUGUGAACACAGCCGCCUGGGGCGGGCAGCUUGAGUUAAGAGCUCUGUCUCACAUUCUACAAACACCAAUCGAGAUACUACAAGCAGACGCUCCUCCUAUUGUAAUUGGUGAAGAAUAUUCGAGGAAUCCUUUAGUACUAGUAUACAUGAGACAUGCAUAUGGCUUAGGAGAACAUUAUAAUUCUGUCACACGGUUGGUGAACUCGACUACUGAAAAUUGCAACUAGUUUACAAAAUGUAACACUGUUUUAUAGAGUGUGCCAGUCUGCAUAUUCCUGUCAAGUGCUAGAUUGUUGAAAUGCCUCUGAAAACACAGCUACCCUAAGUCAGUUUUAUGAAUGAAUAAGCUUGCCAACAGGCUUUUUAGAAAUCCGUUGGAUUGACUUUAACCAGUGCCCUCUUAGUGGCAUUCCUAGAACUUAAAGUAAAUCUUGGAGAACAUCAUUCAUAGAACAAGGUGUUAACCUUCUCACUGGGGAGUUUUAAUUAUUCAGGACGUUCUGAUUUUGAAUAAUUUUUUUUUAAAUUUUGACCCUACAAACAUAUUUCCAAAGUGAGUAUUUGAUAUAAUUUUUCUUAAAGUAUGGAGAUGCCUUCUCUGUCAUGGUAGGGCUGUAUUGUGAUGUCAGCAAGUUUAUUAAGGCUUGUGAAUGAGCGUGAUCAUAGUAAUUUUGGUAUCCUAGAUAAGCAAGGAGAAGCUUGUUACCUAGCACAUCUCUGCAGCUAAGGAGGAACGACUUUUAGGGAUCAGCUGAGUUCAAAGGGAUUAGAGAAAAUUAGUUGUAAAUAGGUGUUCACUGUGUCCAUUUUCAAUCUUUUUUUUUUUUUUUUUUUUUUAGACAGGGUUUCUCUGUAGCUUUGGAGCCUAUUCUGGGACUUCUUUUUAACAAAUAAGAGAUUUUCCUUUUCUAUGUGUAUAGCUUUAAAAACAAUGACUUCUACGUUGUGUUUUUUCAGCUUGAGGCUGGAGUUAUUCAUACCUUCAUUCUCUUCAUAACUGAUAAUUUUUACAGUUUCUCCUUCUCAGUGGCUCUGCUUUUCCUAGAGCCCUUUCCCACUGAGAAGUACCCAGUGGCCUCUCCUUGCUCACUGUGCAGAAGGGUCACAGUCACAUUCUUCUCCUGUUGUCCCUGCCCCAGUUUGUCCUAACAAGAUCUCUGCUGUGCUCGCCUUCUAGGGAUCAGAGAAAGCCUUGGCUGUAGGUUUUCUUGCUCCAGGUUGUGGCACUUUCCUUCACUCAAAUAUGUAAUUAUUAUAUUGUGUGUGUAGGUAAAGUUGAAGGCCACUGUUGAGGAGCCGAGCUGAAAACCAGUCCAGAACAGCUCUCUGUGGACUGACUUAGGUAACUAGGAUUCCAGCUCUCUUCUAACAGAGUUCUUUGUGCGAGAGUUGUACCCACACUCGUGUGUCUGCUGUUCUGUAGCACAGUGCCAUGGCUUGGGGACAUAGCUCCAGGAGAGCCCUUGCUUAUCGUGCAUGAGGCUCAAGGCUCAAUUUUUUGCACCAACAAACAAAUUUAUGAAAAUGAAACUUUUUGGUUUCAUCUGUUUUGUUCCAAGUUAGAACUAUAAUAAGAUUGAGCAUCACGUUUAUAAUAUUUGGGCUUUUGAUCAGUGAAUACUGUCUAUGAGUAAAUAAUGGGCUUAUGAUGUUAAUAGCAGGCAACACUGGCAGGCUGGUUAGCAGGUGA